AUGUCAAGCAUAGCUGGCCGUAGAAUCAAAAGAGAACUUAUUGAACUCAUGAAAAGUUCGGAGGUAAAUGCAUCCCUGAAUCAGAUUUACUUUAUUCUUCAGGUUGCUCAGAACCAGAUAGAAAUUAAAAGUGAUGGUGAUAACAUAAUGCACCUCUUAGGUACCAUUGUUGGUCCUCCUGACACACCUUAUGAGGGUGCAAAAUACGAACUUGAUAUAGUGAUUCCUGAUAACUAUCCAUUUGUACCCCCAAAACUUUUUGAACAUUUUUUAUGGAUCAAUAAAGCACUUUGUCUUAACAGGGCCGCUGCAAUGUCACUCAGAACGAUACUGUUGUCAAUACAAGCCCUAUUGGCUUUACCAGAGCCCGAUGAUCCUCAGGAUGCAGUUGUUGCUUCUCAGUAUAAAUCAGAUAGAAACAAGUUCCUGCUAACUGCAAGGCACUGGGCCGCUGCAUAUGCAGAUGGUCCUCAUAUCGAUCCUUAUUAUAAAUCGCAAGUCGAAAAGAUGGUCCAAAUGGGAUUUGAUGAGGUAAGGCUGUAUUCAUACAUGCAUAUACUGUCUUAUAACACUCUAAGAUUACAUAAACUUAUUUUACUGGCGUGA